AUGACGCCGGCAUCGACCUACCAAGUCCUUCACCGUAUCGGCCAGACCUUCUCCCACGUCCAGUACGCCGUCUGCGGCGCCGCAGCCAUGCUGGCAUACGGCAACUACGCCUGCAUCUGCACUCACGUGAGCAUCGUGUGCCCGGCCUACGCCAGAGACGUCAUCAAGUCGUGGGCCGCAGCUACUAGUGACAUGCUGGUCUAUCCAGGCGAACCGGACAUCAUUGGCAUCGCAGACAAUGAUGGAGACGUCUGGAAGGUCAAGAUAAAGCCCAUGCCCUACGACGGCCGCUCUGGGACGCUGCCCGCAGUUGAGAUGGGCUUUGGCGCAGACAAAGCUCUGACGAAAAUUCUGACGAUGCCGGCGCUCGUGAAUCGGAUAGCUGCCGCGUAUGCGCUCGGAGUCGGCCGGCCUGCCACGAAAGUGGUGUACUUGGAUGACGUGGCGGGCGACUUGAUCUGGCUGCUGAGCCGGAUCUGCGAGGACGACCGGCCAGAGCAGCAGCUCACGAGCCAGGGCGUUCCCGCGAUUAGGAGCCCGGAGUUCUGGAUCGAUUUUACGAGUGCAUAUCCCGGACUUGCCGGGCUCUUUUAUGACGCGGGGCUUCGGGCUGGUCUCGCUGAAAGCGUGAGGCCGCAAGUCGAACCGCCGAUACCGGCGGCAAAACCGGAAGAUUCGCCGCUGCGAGAGGGCGGCAGCGGCCCAUGGAGAAUGAGGCGUCCCACACCUGGCUCCAUCCUUGGACUUCGCCGGCGUCGCCGGGAGGGGCCGAACAUGACGAGGGCGGAGGCCAGGAAGGUUUUAUCGGAUCCGCCAUUCUGGCAAAGGUCGUCCGGUCGCUGGACGUCCAGUCAGAUAUUUCGCCGUCGACGCGAGAUCGAGAGUUCGCCCUUCGGAGAGCCCGUGUCGGGUUUUGGCACCAGGGCCUCUCACUUUUUGUUUGGCGACUCCAACAAGUUGACGAAGGCUCCGGGGAGGCGGCGAUCAUACAUGGCGUUGCUCUCUCGCGAUCAGUAA